UCUUUGUACAGAAUGUUACUGUGAAGCCAAUGAUAUAUGAAGCUUUUUUAGUAUAUGAAGACUGGUCAGUAACUUACUAACUUGUCUCCCCUAUAAAUCAUUGCACCCACUUCUGCCAUAAAGCUAACCUUCAGGCCCCAAGACUUUCAGUUUACAAUCCGAGAGAGAGAGAGAGAUACCAGAGAUUGUGUGUGUAGCUAGAAGCUAAGAAAAGACAAUGGAGGGGAAAGAAGAGGACGUGAAACUAGGAGCGAACAAGUUCUCAGAGAGGCAACCCAUAGGGACAUCGGCACAGACGGACAAGAACUACAAGGAGCCACCGCCAGCACCAUUGUUUGAGCCAGGGGAGCUCCAGUCCUGGUCCUUCUGGAGGGCUGGCAUUGCCGAGUUCAUCGCCACCUUCCUAUUCCUCUACAUCACUGUUCUUACUGUCAUGGGUGUCGCCACCUCUCCCAAGUGUGCCUCUGUUGGUGUUCAGGGCAUUGCUUGGGCCUUUGGGGGCAUGAUCUUCGCCCUUGUUUACUGCACUGCUGGUAUCUCAGGUGGACACAUAAACCCGGCUGUGACAUUCGGUCUCUUCCUUGCGAGAAAGCUUUCCCUGACAAGAGCACUAUUCUACAUCGUGAUGCAAUGCCUGGGUGCAAUCUGCGGUGCAGGUGUUGUAAAGGGGUUCCAGAAAACACAGUACGAACUUCAGGGUGGUGGAGCCAAUGUAGUGAAACCAGGUUACACCAAGGGUGAUGGCCUUGGAGCUGAGAUUGUUGGCACUUUCGUUCUCGUUUACACCGUUUUCUCUGCAACUGAUGCUAAGAGGAAUGCUAGAGACUCCCAUGUCCCUAUCUUGGCUCCGCUUCCAAUUGGGUUUGCAGUGUUUUUGGUGCACUUGGCUACCAUCCCCAUCACUGGAACUGGCAUCAACCCUGCCAGGAGCCUUGGGGCUGCCAUCAUCUUCAACAAAGACCACGCAUGGGAUGACCAGUGGAUCUUUUGGGUGGGACCGUUCAUUGGAGCUGCACUUGCUGCCCUUUACCACCAGAUAGUCAUAAGAGCCAUCCCAUUCAAGACCAGAGCCUGAGAACUCCGCUUGUGUUUCAUAUUGAUCUUGUGCUUUGUUUAGACCAUGUUUGCUGUCUUGUUCUCUCUCUCUCUCUCUCUCUCUCUCUCUCUGUGUAUUAUUGUUAGGGGUUAGAAUUUGAUGGGUUGAUUAUGUGCAUAAGGGAUGUGAAUUUGCAACGUUUUCUGAAUGUAGUAUUCCUUGAACUUUAAUGCAUGCCUGUUCUUCACUA